AGCAGUGAAUAGCGGUAAGAAGACAAAGCAAGAGAGGACAUAAGCAGACGAAAAGAAACGGGGAGAAAGAGAGAGAGAGAAAAAGAAGACAGUAAAGAAAAGAAAAACUUAAAAAGAAAACUGAAAGUUGUUUCUUGGCUGGGAAGCCAUCCAGCAGGCAGCAGUGACUUCAGUUUGUGGCAAAGUGAAUGGACAGAACCAGCGUGACUGGGAGUCUACUGGGAGUACAGACUGGUUUUCUACCCACAGUGAGAAAACUGCCAAACACCAUGGCUGACAACAUGAAUGAGGAGUUAGAUUAUAACCCGGGGAAAGAUGAGCUGGACUGGGGCUACGAAGAAGGUGUAGAGUGGGGACUCCAUUUCCCUGCAGCCAACGGCGAGUACCAGUCCCCAAUUAACUUAAACUCCAGAGAGGCCCAGUAUGAUCCGUCCCUCCUAGAUGUCGGUUUAUCACCAAACUACGUGGUUUGUCGAGACUGUGAGGUAAUCAACGAUGGACACACCGUCCGCAUCAUUCUCAAGUCCAAGUCAGUGGUUACUGGGGGUCCAUUGCCUAGUGAUCAUGAAUAUGAACUUCAUGAGGUUCGAUUCCACUGGGGUAAAGAGAACCAGAGAGGAUCAGAGCACACUGUCAACUUCAAGGCUUUCCCCAUGGAGCUCCACCUGAUUCACUGGAACAGCACUCUGUUUAACACUUUGGAGGACGCUCUGGGAAAGAAGAAUGGAGUCCUCAUCAUAGCUCUUUUUGUGCAGAUUGGUAAGGAGCAUCUGGGUCUGAAGGCCAUCACUGAAGUUCUGCAGGACCUACAAUACAAGGGGAAGAGCAAAAUAAUCCCAUGCUUCAACCCGAACACUCUGUUACCUGACCCAUUAUUGAGAGACUACUGGGUGUAUGAAGGAUCUCUGACCACCCCACCUUGUAGUGAAAAUGUGACCUGGAUCCUCUACCGCUACCCUCUCACCAUCUCACAAUUGCAGAUUGAGGAGUUUCGGAGGCUGCGGUCCCAUGUUAAAGGGGCCGAGCUGCCAGAAGGGAAUGAUGGGAUGCUGGGGGACAACUUCCGUCCCACCCAGCCACUCAGUGACCGUACGGUUCGUGCUGCCUUCCAGUGACUCUCACUUGCCACUUCCAACUCAGAAAAACAAUGGGACCUACAGAUACAAGUGUUGAAGGAGAGAAGAAAGAUGAGGUGUGAAGAGAGGAACGGAAAGAGAAGGAGAGAGGGGGAAACUUGAUGUGGUUGUAGAUCCGCUGCGGCCUGAAGGUGGACAAAGAAUCUAUAGCAUGCAUACCUUCACCAUGUGUUUUUGUUUGUGUAUGUGUGUGUGCGUGUCCGUCUAUGUGUGUGUAGGUGUGUUGCUGUGUUUUUUCUGUGUGUGUGAGUGUAUCAUCUUCCCUGUACUGCCAUGUUUAUCUGCUCUGUGUGUGUACUAUAUGUGAGAUGGUAGAUGGUAGGAGGCUUUAUAACCAGACUGUCUCUACUGACAAAACAAGAGGAAACAUGAACCACAGAUAUACCUGUACACACACACAAACACACACACACACACACACACACACACACACACACACACACACACACACACACACACGCACACACGCACACACACACACACUGAUGAAUGAGAUACAGUGUGAAAGAGUGUGACAGAAACACUGAAAGGCACCCACACAGCUUCACACACGUAGCACUCAACAUGUGCUGUAUACACAUUAUGUGCGUACACCUGAGGCUGGUCAUUAUGCAUUACAGACUGACCGGAUCAGACCUGACUGACCGGUUGGACAAGUUAAACACACAGUUUACUAACUCUACUAACUAAAUGUUUCGUUUUGAAUCAGAUAAAUCAGAAAAGGAAGUCAACCUGAAACUUUACAUUAUAAAGCUUUAUGUCAGCCUAUCAGGGAAUGUAAACAUGAGAGUUUCUGAAAGCAUGAGAAGAACCACAGACCACUAAACCUGUAGGAAAAUAGCUGCAAAGCCACCAUCACACAUUUUCUGUCAUCUCUCUUCUGCCUAUUAUAUUUCCAUGCGUUGCUCGUGAUUUUCAUCACUGUCAUUGUUGACGGUCAGAAACAGCCUGUCUUGGAAACUUUUGACAUUUAAUUUCUUGUGUUCAUUCAGCAAAAGCUCUCCUGACAUUUUUCAGUUCAAACUGAGUAAAGAUACAAAGUCAAACUUUGGUUGGAAGCAUUUGUAUCACUGUCCACAUUCUCUGUCUUCAUUCUUUGAAACAGGUUUAGUGUCCUUCCAUUGAUAAAAGAAUACUGUCAAGAAUUCUUUUUUUUGGAUUGAAAAUUGCCACAUGUAAAUGACAGUCAAUGUUAUGUUGACUGUUAGCAGCUUUAAUACAGAACGGUCAGCUUUGCUGUUAGCCUUCAGAGCCUCCAACACCACCAGUGUACCACCAGUGGGACUCUACUCUCAUCACUCCCUUCAUAUUGUUUUAGGGUGCGGGGAGGAGUACAAGCCCUGCUAUGGUGUGUGUGAGUGUGUGUGUAUGUGUGUGUGUGUGUGUGUGUCUUUAGUCUCUUCAAGGUACUGUGUCUGACAAGCUGAGCUGAAAUAAACGGUGAGAACUGAUGACUGUUACUGUAAAGCACCAAUAAACUACAACACUGACUUAUUAAACACUGAACUAAAAUGGUGUUUUUGUUUCUACGUUAAACCAAAGGUCAGAGGGAUCUGGCUUUCAUGAACACUAAUCAGUAGUGGUAUUAAAGGGCAAAGCUGUUCUGUGUAUCCAAAGCCUGAUAUAUCUUAUUCCAAAGCUACAGAGCACCAUUGUUGUCCAAAAACUAAUACAAACAUUAAUCAGUGGGCCACAUUGUUGCACUGGGUUGACAUGUUCCUUCAUUACCGUGAACACACACACACACACACACACACACACACACACAC